UUGUUUUCCCCUCUGACCCCUGUGUUCUGCCAGCUGGUACAAGCCCAGCAGCUCCACUGGGUGGGAGAAAAUCACAGGACCCGAGCUCGGGACCUGAGUAGUGAGACGAAUGGACAAGAAGACUCUGGACACAUGUCGACACGGAGAGAAAGUGCUGUAGUGACACGGCUCUUGACCCCAGCGGUCCCAUGUUACCCGGGGGGACAGGGAGGGAUAGGCCAAAAAGGUUGCAUUUGGUUCCCAGUGACAGAUAGGGUCUUCCGGGAUGGGCUGCAGUAGCCACCCUCACCCAGGAACAAAACAAAACAAACCAGGCUAGGAGGGCAGACGGGUGAGGAGAAACAGGCUCAGAUGAUGAGGAAGGGGUGACACUCAGCUGCCCGGAGGGCCGCUGUGCCUGCCAAGGGCCCCCUGUCUCCUGCCACCCUGCAGUCCCGGAACCCUGCUCCUGAACUCCUGGCUACAGAUGCCUGGCAACACGCUGAACCUGACCUUCCUCACCAGCCAUGAGACCACCGACCUGAACUGGCUCCUGUGGCGCACAGGGAACCCCAGCCCCGUCCUCCUGCAGCCAGGGUCCCGGGUGUCCCUGACCUCUCGUCCAGGCCAGGUGGUCCUCAGCAUCUUCAACAUCUCCCAUGAGUGGGCAGGCGAGUACCAGUGCUGCUUUGAGGCCCAGGGAUUCAGGUGGGAGCUGUACCACGUGGUGAGAGUGCCCCUGCAGGCGACAGACGUGGCUCGGCUUCCAGACCAGCUGUCCAUCUCCUGUGCCGCGUCCCCUGGCUUCCAGCUGAGCUGCUGUGUUCCCAGCACACACCCGACCUACAUGCUGUCCUGGAGCCCCGGAGAAGGCAGCAAAGCUUCCUUACUCAACACGUCAGGCCACCAGUGUCUUGUGCUGGACAUUCUGCACUGCCCGGAAGCUGACACCAUGUACACUUGUGACCUGCAGAGCCCAGGACUAACCCCUCUCAGGGUCCCUGUCUCUGUCACCAUCAUCCAGGAUGGAGACACCACCUGCCCCGAGGACUCCUCAGCUAUUGCCUGGAAUGUCACCAAGGCUGGCCAUGUGGCACAGGCCCCGUGUCCCGUGAACAGGACGGGCAUGGUGAAGAGGACCUGUGGGCCCAGAGGGACCUGGGGACCCACCCAAAGCAGCUGCACAGACACGGGGCUCCUGGCCUUGCUUCGUAGAACCCGGCUGCUGCAGGCAGGCCAGGGCUGGCCUGCUGAUGAGGUGCCACAGAUCCUGGCAGAGCUGCGGGAGCAGGUGGUGGCGGUGGACUCGCCCUCAGACUUAUUGGUGCUGCUGGGCACCAUGACACUUGUGGCCAAGGUGGUGGUGAAUGCCAGAGUACAGCUUAACUACAGAGCCAUGGAGGCUCUCCUGAGAACCACAGACAAGGUCCUAGACAUGGACAGCAGUUCUCUGUGGACCCCAGUCCAGGCCCAGAGGCCCUCGGUGGGCUCAGAUCUUCUGCUGGCUCUGGAGACCCUGGCACGCAGCCUGUGCCCACAGGAUCACCCCUUCUCCUUCAGCCUGUCCAACGUGCAGCUGCAGACUCAGCUCCUGGGACCCACAUUUCCUGCUGACUACAGAGUCUCCUUCUCCACUCAGCCCCCUCUGGAGGUACAGAUUCCCGGGCGCUCACUGGCCCCACUGGGCCGUGUCGGAAACAACAUCAGUAUUACUAGCAUGAUGCUGCAAAAAUUAGACCGCCUUCUACCCUCAAACUAUGGACAAGGGCUAGGGGACUCCUUCUAUGCCACUCCUGGACUGCUCUUCGCCAUCUCCAUCAUGGCAGGUGGCCAGGCCUUCAAUCAGGGAGAAGUCAUCAUGGACUUUGGAGACACAGAUGGCACCCCCCACUGUGUCUUCUGGGACCAUGAUCUCUUCCGGGGCAAGGGGGGCUGGUCAGAUGAAGGGUGCCAGGUGCAGGCAGCCAGUACCAGCCCCACCACUCAGUGCAUCUGUCGGCACCUCACUGCCUUCUCCAUCCUCAUGUCCCAGUACACUGUUCCAGAAAACCCCACGCUGGAGCUGCUGACCCAGGUGGGCUUGGGAGCCUCCAUUUUGGCACUGCUUGUGUGCCUGGGUGUGUACAGACUGAUAUGGAGAGUUGUGGUCCGGAACAACGUUGCCUACCUACGUCACGUGGCCCUGCUCAACAUGGUGCUCUGCCUGCUGGCUGCAGACACCUGCUUCCUGGGAACCCCACUGCUGCCUCCAGGGCCCCAAAGCCCACUCUGCCUGGCUGCUGCCUUCCUCUGCCAUUUCCUCUACCUGGCCACUUUUUUCUGGAUGCUGGCUCAGGCCCUGAUGUUGGCCCACCAGCUGCUCUUUGUCUUCCAUCAGCUGUCCAAGCACAGGGUGCUCUCCCUGAUGGUGGUCCUUGGCUACCUGUGCCCCAUGGGGUUUGCAGGUGUUGCCUUGGGCCUUUACCUACCCCGAGGGCAAUACCUGGGGGAGGGGGUAUGCUGGCUGGAUGGGAGGGGAGGAGCACUCUACACCUUCGUGGGGCCAGUGCUGGCUAUUGUGGGUGUCAACGGGCUGGUACUAACUAUGGCUGUGCUGAAGUUGCUGAGACCAUCGCUGUCAGAAGGGCCCCAGGUGGAAAAGCGCCAUGCUCUUCUGGGGGUGAUCAAAGCCCUGCUCGUACUCACACCCAUCUUCGGCCUCACCUGGGGGCUGGGUCUGGCUACUUUGUUAGAAGAAGUCUCCAUGGUCCCUCACUACAUCUUCACGAUUCUCAACACCUCCCAGGGCGUCUUCAUCUUGUUCUUCGGCUGCCUCAUGGACAAGAAGGUACAGGAGGCUUUACUCAAACGCUUGUGCCACACCCAACCUCCCAACUCCACCAUCUCCCUGGCCACAAAUGACACCUGUAUCCCAGAACACAGCAAAGAAAGAAGUGAAAAUGCCAGGUACAAAGAAAGGAUGACUUAACUGACAGGAAUUCUGAUGUUCCAAACGGAGGUGAAGGAUAGAAAUUGGUUUGCUUCUUUUUAAAGUUUAGGAAAAGAUGAAAUUAAUAGAUCCCUAUUUCUUUAACCUUUAAAAAAAUAUUAACAUAACAUGAAAGUUUCAUGGACAUAGGCACGUAGACCAAAAGUCACUGAUAAGAGCACAUUUGUUAAGAAUGUAUCAGACAUUUUAAAGUAGACGGAGAGCACUGCAGACUGCCCAGAAUUCAGAAGACAAAUGCUGACAGUUAAAAGUAAAGGACCAAGCUAUGACUACACAAAAAGAAGAAAUACUUAAGAAAAGCCUUUCGAGGACGCCAAGAUGUCCAGCUAAAUUAAUUUACAGAAUCCACAAGAGGAUGACAACAGGAUUCUAAAAACCUUUUAGAUAAAUGAAAAUAUUCUGAGUGGGUCUUCGUUAUUUACAAAAUUCAUGGAUAUUUUUAUAAAACAGAAUGGGAACACGUUGUUGAAAUAAAGAUGUGUUACCACA